UUGCUUACUAUAUUACUCUGUUUGUUGUUUUGUAUAUCCAGAGAGUGGAUUGGGAUCAUGCCAAAUUCUGGAAAAGUUUGAGUUUUUAAGAUCGAGAAAAUAUAAAAAUGGGUUCUUUGGGUGAUGAGCUGAGUUUGGGAUCGAUCUUUGGGAGAGGAGUUUCGAUGAAUGUUGUAGCGGUGGAGAAAGUUGAUGAACAUGUUAAGAAGCUUGAAGAAGAGAAGAGAAAGAUCGAAAGUUGUAAACUUGAGCUUCCUCUGUCUUUGCAGAUUUUAAACGAUGCGAUUUUGUAUCUCAAGGAUAAGAGGUGUUUAGAGAUGGAGACUCAACCAUUGUUGAAAGAUUUCAUCUCUCUUAAUCGAGAAGAAGGAGUGAUUGAAUUGUUGAAGAGAGAUGAGCUAAUGAGGGAGAAGAAGUUUCAGCAAUGGAAAGCUAAUGAUGAUCACAUAUCUAACACUAGUAAGAUCAAGAGCAAGUUUGAGAUUGAGAGAAAUGAGGAGAAAUCUUCUAUGAUGUUGAUUCCCAAGGUAGAAACUGGUUUAGGCCUCGGUUUAAGUUCGAGUUCGAUAAGAAGAAAAGGGAUUGUUGCCUCAUGUGGUGGAUUUACUUCUAACUCUAUGCCACAACCACCACCACCACCACCACCAGCAGUACCACAGCAACCAGCAUUUCUUCAGCAGCAAGCUUUACGGAAGCAAAGAAGGUGUUGGAAUCCAGAGUUGCAUCGCCGAUUUGUCGAUGCAUUGCAACAGCUAGGAGGACCGGGAGUGGCAACUCCUAAACAAAUUAGAGAACAUAUGCAAGAAGAAGGCUUAACCAAUGAUGAAGUCAAGAGUCAUUUACAGAAAUACAGGUUACACAUCAGGAAGCCGAAUUCGAAUGCGGAGAAACAAUCAAGAGUUGUUUUAGGGUUUAACUUAUGGAAUUCAUCAUCACAAGAGGAUGAAGAAACAGGUGAAGGAGGAGAAUCAUCGAAGAGAAGCAAUUCGCAAUCGGACUCUCCUCAAGGUCCAUUGCAGUUACCUUCUACAACAACUACAACUGGUGGAGAUAGUAGCAUGGAAGAUGUUGAAGAUGCUAAGUCUGAGAGCAUUCAAAUGGAGAGAUUGAGAUCUCCAUAAACCUCAAUCCUUUUUCAAGAAACCAAACUCUUGAUC